AUGCCACUUGAGAAGGAAAGCCUCCACAUCGACACCUUAUCUGACGAGUCUCCAUCAUCAGACAUUGAGGUCUUCACCGAAGGUCUGAGUGAUGAGAAGGUCACUGCUAAUGUCGAUGCCAUAAUCGAAGAGCAUCCAGAGUUGGCUCCAGAGAGAGACAUCCUACUUCGUGGUGCGUUCCUGGCCAAUGAUGGUGGUGAAGUCCUCGAGGAGAGAAAAAACUUGUAUUCCGAGGAGGAGAUUCAGUCUCUGCAAUUCGAAAACACACACUCUAUCAGAUCACAAUCCUGGACCAUGUACCUGAUUGCCCUCACAGCGUCGUUGGCUGCUGUUAAUUUCGGUCAUGAUGAGAGUGCCGUUGGUGGUGCUCAGCUGUCUUUCUUCAAGUUGUUUGGAGUUACCAAUUCAAACAUUCAAGGUCUAUUGAAUGCUUCUCCAUAUCUAUCUGCAGGUACUAUUGGAGCCCCUUCUGCCGUUAUUCUUGAUCGCUGGGUCGGUCGUAAGUGGAUCAUCUUCGUUUCUUGUGCUUUUGGUAUCGGUGGUUCUCUAUGGCAAGCGUUUGCCCAAUCUAUGGGCUCAAUGUUGGCUGCAAGAUUGUUCCUGGGUAUUGGAAUGGGUCUGAACUCUACUGCUGUGCCAAUGUUGAUCGCUGAGUCCAGUCCAGCAAGAUCAAGAGGUGUAUUCCUAAUGCUUUGGCAAACAUUUGUUGCCUUUGGUGUGAUGUUGGGAAGUAUUUUCAACAGAGCAUUUGUGAAUAUCCCAGGUGAGACAUCCUGGAGAUUGAUGAUUGGUGCUUCUUUUGUAUCACCGGUUUUGGUUGCAAUCUUGAUCCUCUUCGUCCCAGAAUCUCCUCGUUAUUUGGUCGUUACCAACAGAGAGGUUCAGGCAUUGACGGUCUUGGAGAAAUUGAGAAACGGUAAGCUAAAAGGUGCAAGAGAUUUCUACGUCUUGUACUUAUCGUUGAAACAGUCCGGUAAGAUCCACAAGAUUCCAAUCUUCCAGCAGAUCAAGUUAUUCUUCACUGAACGCCGUGUCAGAUUUGCUUUCUUAGUUUCGGCAUUCAACAUGAUAAUGCAGCAGUACUGUGGUGUCAACGUUCUUGUCGGUUAUACCACUACCAUCCUUGUUAAUUCGGGUAUUGACAGUGUUACUGCCAUUGCUGGAAGUAUUGGUAUCGGUGGUGGAUGUUUCCUUGCAACGUUCUUCUCGUCUCAGUGUAUUGAUAGAUUUGGCAGAAGAAGAAUGCUCAUCAUCACCUUCCCGGCUUUGGCGUUCUGCAUGUUUUGGCUGGGUCUUUCCUUGACAAUCACAGACAAGACAAAGAGACUGGGCUCUGGUCUAACUUCUAUGUAUCUCUUCGUUAUCUUUUUCGGUCUUGGAAUUGGUCCUGUCAGUUGGACUUACAAUGCUGAGGUUUAUCCAUUAAACGUGAGAGCCUUUGGUGUUGCACUGGGAAUGUCCAUCAACUGGAUCUUGGACUUUGUGUUGAGUAUGACAUGGCCAACGAUGACUAAGACUAUGACAACAAGUGGUGCCCUCUACUUCUAUGGUGCCUGUAACAUUUUUGCCUUCUUCUUCACGUAUCUCUUUGUCCCUGAGACAAAGUCUUUGACUUUGGAGGAAUUGGAUACUGUUUUCUCUCAGAGUCCUAUUCAUUUUGCCAAACAGCGUAAAGUUUUCAAGUUACUCGGUAAGAAUAAGUGA